CUUUGGCUUGUUAGGAAGACCAGCCAUGGAGAAGUGGAGCUUAAUGACGAUUGCUGUUUUACUAGGACUUACUGUACGUUGGACUGUAUCACUUGGUUCUUACUCAGGUGCAGGAAAGCCACCUAUGUAUGGGGACUAUGAAGCUCAGAGACACUGGCAAGAAGUUACUUACAAUUUACCCAUCAAGCAAUGGUAUUUCAAUACAAGUGACAACAAUCUACUGUACUGGGGCCUGGAUUAUCCACCUCUUACUGCCUAUCACAGUUUUCUGUGUGCUUACGUUGCAAAGUUAAUAAAUCCUGAUUGGAUUGCUCUCCACACAUCUCGGGGGUAUGAAAGUCAGCCACAUAAGUUAUUUAUGCGUACAACAGUGUUUGUUGCUGACUUGCUGGUUUAUAUUCCUGCAGUUAUUUUAUAUUGUUGUUUCUUAAAAGAAACAUCUACAAAAAAGAAGAUUUCCAGUGCUCUCUGUAUAUUGCUUUAUCCAGGCCUAAUUCUUAUUGACCAUGGACAUUUCCAAUAUAACUCAGUGAGCCUUGGCUUUGCUUUGUGGGGUGUACUUUAUUUGUCUUAUGACUGGGACCUUUUGGGUUCAGUGUCAUUUUGCUUGGCUUUAAAUUAUAAGCAAAUGGAACUCUACCAUUCUCUGCCCUUCUUUUGCUAUUUACUUGGAAAGUGCUUCAAGAAGGGACUGAAAGGAAAGGGAUUAAUAUUGUUUAUUAAAAUAGCUGGGACAGUGGUGGCUUCUUUUGCUCUCUGCUGGCUCCCAUUCUGCACAGACAUGGAACAAAUCAUGCAAGUACUCAGAAGACUCUUUCCCAUUGAUCGAGGCUUGUUUGAGGAUAAAGUAGCCAAUAUUUGGUGCAGUCUAAACGUCCUUAUAAAGAUAAAGAAUAUUGUAUCACCUCAAACUCAGCUUAAACUCAGUUUUGCUGUAACGUUUCUGAGCCUGCUUCCUACUUGUGUAAAACUGACCCUUGAGCCAUCUCUGAGAGGAUUUAAGUUUGCUUUGGUUAGUUGUGCGUUGUCGUUCUUCCUGUUCUCCUUUCAAGUACAUGAAAAAUCUAUUCUUCUAGUGUCAAUACCGGUCUGCUUAAUCAUAAAUGAAAUUCCUUUUAUGGCUACAUGGUUUCUGCUUGUAUCAACCUUCAGCCUGUUGCCUCUGCUACUAAAAGAUGGCCUCCUGUUGGCCUAUACUGUGACAACACUGGCAUUUCUCUCAGCUUGUGUGACUUCCUUUUCGAUAUUUGAAAAGACUUCAGCAGAGGACUUGCAGCUGAAAUCGUUUUCCCUUUCUCUCAAGGGAUAUGUUUCUUGGUUUAAGUCAUUUCCAAAGAUUGUUAAGAGGCUGUUUCUUCUUUCAGUAACUGUGAUGGGCAUCCUGACUUUACUGAGUGCUACAACAAGUCCUCCACAGAGGUUACCAGAUUUGUUCCCCGUAUCUGUGACCAUUAUUUCUUGCUUACACUUCGUAUUCUUUUGGAUGUAUUUUAAUGUUGUUAUAUUGUGGGACUCAAAAAGUAGUAGAAGUCAGAAGAAAAUGAGUUAGUUAAUUUGUGAAGAUCAAGGACUAAACUGUAAAAGGACAGAAUAUUUUCAGUGAAUCGUGUCUGGUGUUGCAGAUGAAUUGUGUUACAUCAAGCAGUUUGAGUGAUGUAAUGAAAAUCAGGAAACAUUAUGCACACUUAAAGACAAAGUGAUUAAAGACUGUUUUAAAGAUGAAGUAUUUCACAGAGCGCUUGGAAGUGUUAUUUGGUGAGUUUUCUUCAGAAUUGUAAUACUUUUGUUAUCGUUUGCAAACUUAAAAUAUCUAAUAAAGGACCAAAUUUUGAACUUGUGCUGAUACAGCAGGGUAUUUUAGCAAAACAGCAAAUGUUUUGUUUGCAUUAAGUUUACACAUUUCCCAGCAUAAAAGGUAUAAGCAAUUCAAAGUUGCGUAGGUUAAACAGUGACUCUUUACCAUGGAGUUUGUCUUGCUGAAUUGUUUUAUGGCAUAAAUUGUCUUGUACAGUCUGUCACUGUCCUCCAUUAUUCUCUCAUAAAAUAUGUUGCAGAUCAGCAAAGCCACUGCACAAGGCUGUGUAGCAGUUGGAGUAAUUCUUUGGAGGUUAUGAUCUAACUGAACAGUUUCUUCAACCACAUCCUGUAGGGAAGAAAAUUUAACAUUCAAGAUCACUGGUUGGGGAUCUGUACCAUCAGCCACAAGAUGGCUUCGAGUUCUGUAGCAUGUAAGGACAGCAGUUCUGUAGCAGCUUCAUCUGAGGCAUCUGUCCAAGUUAUGAAAGUUAUUUUUAUACUAUAAUGUGACAUUCUAUGCAGUACCAUUACUUGGAGAAUGCUGAAGAAUAACGUAAGCCAUAGAAAGGCAUGGAGGUUGGUGCUGAGAGCAGAACUAGAGGCCCUUGCAUUUGGGAAGGUUCUUGUGUUAUGUGGAGUGUUGGAACACAUUUCUUCCUUCACUGCAGAUCUGUGAUUUAACAUAUAUUAGUCUUACGUGAUGCUCGACAACUGUUUUGAACAAAAUGAGGAAAGCCUAUCACUUGUUUUAACAGCUAUUCAAUAAACAAUAAAAGUGAAGCUUGAUGUAUUUCAGCAGGGUUAGAUUUCAGUGUUAAUGUAUCAAGAAAAAGAGCUUUUAUUUUGGCAGGUUAUCUGGGAGAUAGACACCAACAAUUGUCAUAUCCAAAAGAAUGUAGUUCUACUGGAAUAAAAGCUGAAGUACUACAUCACAGUUUGAAAGCAGUACUAGGCUCUUCAAAAAAACCCCCCCCAUAUUGCAUAGAUUAAGUUGCAGACUAAAUUGCAGCCAACUGCACUGUUUCUCCCUCUAUACCUUAAAGCCAAUGAUACCAAUAGUUCAGAGAAUACAAACUGACUGACUAAUUAUCUACAUAAAGCAUGCAGUAAGAAAAGAAAUCACAAAGCAAUUCAUGUCAGUAUAAUUAAGAAGCUGUGUCAGAACUGGGAAAAAUGAUAGGCUAUGUAUUACAAAAAAAAAAAAUAAACCAAACUAACCAGCUUUGUUUAAAGACUUAUAUAGCCUGACCUCAUUGCUCUCUGCAACAUACCAAACUGUCAUUUGCAUUAGCAUAGUCUAGGGCUGUCACUGUGCAGUGUAACUGUGAGUGUGCGAAUCAGCUGUUCUGCAAACUUCCAAAUGGUGAAAUUAUGAAUACUGUAAAGAAGUAUCUACAAGGUGAGCCUGUAUUCCUUCAAUUUUUCCAGUUUCUUUUGUUGUAAAAAAGUAGUCACAGCCACCAUUACAACCUUGAUAGCUAAGACAAAAGCAAAGGCAUUCUUGAAUAGUGACUGUAGCUUUACACAUGGAGAAUGCAAUUUACCUACUGUAUAACAGUUUACUGUAAUGUAAAACAAAACUUAAAUAUUUUCACAAGCAUUUAGAAUUUUUCUGAGGGUGUCUAUAAUCAUGGCAUGCAAGAUUCUCUAUUCACAAUACUUUCUUUCUUUUUGGAAAGCGCGGGCCAAGUGGGCACUUAUGUAUAUUAAGGCACAUAAAUAGGAAUCUUUGUCUCCAGAGGCUCUGAAAAAUAAAACAUACAGCAUUCCAUUCAAACACAACUUGGUGAAAUACUGCCAAAAGUUAAGAGAGCUUGAAGAGCCUCUACGUCCAAUGAAAUAAAGUGUGAAACAGUAAACCAAAGGGAAGGAAGCAAAUAGCUUCACGUUUUAAUUAGUCUGUUCUCUUGUGUUCGUCACAAGAUCAUUUCAGAAUGCUUCCUACCCAUAUAAAAACAUUAGUUUUGAGCGUAUCUCUUUUCUUUGUCCUUGAGAUGGCCUCCAAGGGUGAUAAAGUGAGAGUCAUAUGAUCUACCUUGUGUGGAACUGGGAAAUGGGUCUUAACAGACCCAGCUGUUUCUGAAAGGCAAAAGCCUAGUACACCAAGAGGUCAAAGAAACAGUAACUGCUUAAAUAGCAUUAAAGGCAUGUAUGUAGUAUUUGCAGCAGAAUCUUCAUAUUAAACCCUGUAUUGCCCAUUUCCCUAAAAAUGCUUAAACACCAAACUUUAGUCUCAUACUGUUAUCAUGGUAUAAAUUACUGCUGUAGCUGAUUGUCACCUUUUACUGUUAUUCUCUGUGGAAGAGAAUAUUUUCUUCUUGCAACACUACACAGAAUACCUUCAGCUCCUGUACUAUUUAGAAUGGCACACAGCUUGCAGUUCAUGCACAGGCUCUUAGAGCAAUAAUUCUUCAUUUUUCAGAUACUGAGGUUAUAAUCAGGUUAUGUAAACUAUUACUGGUUCAUUUUAACUAAUCCUCUGUUAUCAUACAAAGCAAUCUGGUGAAUUUUAUGCAUGUAACAAAAAGCAACAAGCAACAACACAGCUUAAGAAUGAUGUAGAAGCGGAGUAACUGAUACAAUUCCCUUCAAACACUAUUUUAUCCAUCAGCCUGCACAUGUAUUCAAGUAGAAAAAUAUUUUUAUUAAUUAAAAAGUCUCUAAACUUGAGUACAUACAUGUUUAACCUACAUACUAGAACACAGUUAUUUUGAUUCUCAGAACUUGAGCUGUAAAAAAGUCAGUUUAUUUGGAUGGGUCACACUAGUUUUCCAUGGUAG